AUGUACGUGCUGUGCAACGGAGCGGUUGACAGUGUAAUCAGAGCGCCGGGAUCAUGCGGACAGAACGACCCUGCGGCAGGCAUUCUGGCGGAGCCACGGAGCAGACAACAGGCGGAGGCGGCAGACCUUGGAUGUGCCACCGCUGCUUCAGUGGUGUCGCACGUUUUUUGUGAUCGAGGUCCUGUCGACAGCCAGACAGGUUCGAUCCCGCAACAGGCGUUUCGCUUGGGGAAACGAGGCGCUGGAGGAUACCGCGUAGGCUGUGUCGGGCUCCGGAGGCGCCGACCAGCCCUGGAUUACACCGUGACGCGCGUUUACCUUUGGAGGAUGGGCAGCCCUGUGGCGGACGAGGCAGCGCCGUCGACGACAUUCGACGUAGUCGCACACGAAGUGAAGCUCUUGGAGCAGCAAAGUGGCAGAAGUCUCGGCGGCCAUGGGCAACGUCUUCUCAGGUGCCAAGAGAAGGCGCAUCCGGCGCCUGUUCAUCUGCAUUGUAGUAGGAAAGAUGCGCUAGAACCAUCGCCUGCGUUAAUUGUGCUGAUUGACUUGCUGCUCGAUGGGCGGCACUGGAUGACAUUUGCGUGCGCGGGGACUCUCAUCGUGGGUUGCGCCUUGCGUAUUGUACGUGCCUAUCUGCAGGAGCAUGGAGCGGCCGCCGCCACAUCCAGUGUCAGCGCUGCAGCGCACGCCCCUUCCAGCUCUGGUUCUGCGACGCCUGGAAGCAAUCCCAAAACGGGAUCGCCAGCCGAUCAGCUGCCCAAGCCUGCGCCGGCAGAGGAAGGUGACAAGCAGACAUCGUCAGUCAAAGACUCCACGCCACCGUCUUCGAACACAGUUGACACGCUAAAGGCCUCGGGCAAAGAUCAAGACGAAGCAGCUGCUGGAGCUGGUGACUCAGAGACGGAAUUCAGUUCGCUGACCAGCACUGCCGGUGCGUGUGAAUCUUGCCUUCGAACGAUCACGAUCGUGCAGAUUGCUGGUACAUUUAGUCCACCUGGCAGACCUCCAGGGAAGUUCGCCACGGGGGGUCUCCAGCGCGCGUCCACAAAUGGUCUUUCGGGAGCUUUUGAGGGGCCCAGCGGGAGCUGCGUCCCCGUCGCAGGCUUGCCUCUCUGCCCUCAGCAGGAGAGACUCCUCACCUUGCGCCCCGAUGCCCAUUCAAGGGAAGCGACGUCGGCCGUGCCCUCUGACUUUCCAGCUGGCGCGCUCCCCGCGGAUCAGCUGCCCUUCAUCCCCCUGACUCCAUUAGAGCGGGCCCAGCUGGCUUUACGACUUGGGGAACAAAUCAAGGCCUCUCCGAUGACCCGAGGCGAGGCCAUCUUUGCCGUUCGCCGAGUGUGUGGUUGCUCGGGUUCACUCACCUUCCUUGGAACUGAGAACGCGCACAGCAAGAUACGCAGCAAAGUAGCACAGCAUAUGAUGGAUAACUUCGACAAAUAUUCGUGGCUCAUAGAGGCCGAGGAUGCAACGAGAAACUUGAAGCAGCUAUCGUCCAAGGACAGUGUACUAGGCGUGACCGUGCCAUACAGAACGUCUCCAAACCACCCGGUACUUACCGAUGACGAAAGCAAGGUCAACUGGCUUGUACGGCUGUAUUAUGAAGGAUAUGCCAUCUGGGCGAACGAGAGCGUCAUCGUCGCCGCUGCAGACCUGUUUGGGAUCAGGCUCGUUAUUGAGAAUCAAAACAAAUCGGGUCGCAGGCGCCGCGAGAUGGGAGAGCAUGCCAUUCAAGUAUUCGCGCCAUCGGACACGCCUUCCUCCACUCACCUCCCCACAAUUUUUUUGGGUGUGCUGAUGAACAAGCACUUUGUCUUCAUCCAGAAGGUGGAUGAGCGCGGAGGAUAA